AUGGGGAGAGUGAAGCUUCAGAUCAAGAAGAUUGAGAACACAACAAAUAGGCAAGUUACUUUCUCGAAGAGGAGGAGUGGACUCAUCAAGAAAGCUUACGAACUUUCUGUUCUUUGUGAUGUUGAUGUGGCUCUCAUCAUGUUUUCUCCAUCUGGAAGAGCCAGUUUCUUCUCUGGCAACAAAAGAUUUGAAGAAAUUCUAGAACGAUAUGAUAAUCUUCAGGAGGGUGACACGGAAGAGGCAGCGGUGGCAGCUGCGGCAGAGACAAUCACAAAAAUGUGUGUCAGGAUUCAACCAUCUAACAGCAGUUUAGUUGUAUGCCUACCUGUAGCACCAACCACGUUGUCAUGCCCAGUGACACCAUCAGUUUCCCAAAUUGAGGAGAUUCGAAGAGAACUUUUUACUUGCGAGUCUCAAUUGAAAGAGAUGGAAAAACGAUUAAGGAUAUUUGAAGGUAAUCCUUCGGAGAUCACAACGCUGAGAGAGGCUGAAUAUCGUGAAUAUGUCCUUCGCGAAACUCUCAAACAAGUGCAAUUGCGAAAGUGUGUUUUGGAGGAGAACAAUUCUCAGGCCUCUCAUUCACCACAGGUAAAUGCUGCAAAAACUGUAAACGUAAAUGGUUUUGUCACCAGCGCCUCAAAGAACCCAGUAGAAUAUUGGUUUCCACAGAAAAAUCUAAAUGCUCAGACUCUGAACUUUGCCAAUGUUUAUGAGGCUGCUCCUGUGAGGGAUCAACAAUCACAUAGCAUUGCUGAUAUGUUAACAGUGCAUUCUGCAAACAUGGAUGAGGAUGGUGAAAUGAAUCCUGGGAAUAGUUUAGAGGUUGGUAUUCAUAAUACAAUACUACCUCCUCAGUUUGGACCAGAUACUCACAUCAAUUCGUCCUCUUGGGAGCAUCUUCAUUCUUUAGGUUCUUACUGGUGUUAG